AUGUUUCCUGUCAUUUACUUGAACCUGUCCAAGUCGAAACGCUAUUUGAACAAGAAAGACAGCGACGAUGAUUCAAGCAGUGAAGUUGUAUCGCCAUGCAAAGACUCGGAAUCCGAUGGUGAAUUGAUAAAACUUGACGGAGAAUCAUUGCAAGCGGCGUACGAUCUCCUUGCCUUGUGUAGUUUACAGGGCUCAUCUAGCAAAGACCGUAACAAAGAGAUAUGUUUAGCAGCACAUUGCCAAGAACAUGACCUUUCCACGAACACUUUCAGCAAAGUGGAGAUCCAUGAAGAUAAGCGCACAACACACUUUGAGACACCCGGCAACAAACGGUAA